CACAGACCGGUUACAUGCAGAGGAGGCCUUGAAGUACAAUUGUAGUCAAGGCAGUCUGCACCUCACCGGCGUUUAAGUGCUUACUCCCGGUCGACCUCCUUGGCAUUCAGGCCUCCUUCUUUUCAUGUUUCGACAUGAGGCCAGUGCCAUGAACUAGGUGAAGAACAUCGUCAAUGCGUUUCUGCUUCGUCGCGUUUCUUUGAACCUCUGCCAUAUGCGACGAAAAGAUUGAUUACAGUUGAGAUCAUGAAGCUCAUCAUCUCAGGAGGUACCGGAUUUGUUGCAACAGAAUUGAUUCGCCAAAGCCUGAACAAUCCGAGGAUAACAUCAGUUCUGGCCCUUGCGCGGCGUCCCGUGGAUGUUCCCCAGAAUCUAGGACCGAAGUCAGACUCCGGGAAGCUGAAGAGCGUAGUGGUGCAGGAUUUUGAUCGUUAUCCGGAAGAAGUGAAGAAACAACUGGAAGGCGCAGACGCCUGUAUCUGGACGCUUGCGAUCACGCCCACCAAGUCCAGAAAUAUGCCUUGGGACGUGGUGAAACGUGUCUGUCAAGACUAUACCAUGUCUGGUCUGGAAGCCAUCUUCGACGCUCGCGGCACUGGCAAGUCUACGCCGUUUCGCUUUCUCUACAUGAGUGGUAUAGCUGCGGAGCGAGAUCAGACCAAGACGCCUAGAUUCAUGGCCCAAUAUUCCUUGAUGCGGGGGGAAACGGAGAAUCAAGUGCUCAAUUUUGCCGCCUCACAUCCAGAGCAGAUCGAUGCCAGUGUUGCUAAACCUGGCCUGAUCCUUCAGCCGGGCAGUAUGCUGCACUGGUUGAGGGCGACAGUGCUGUGGUGGAUGGCUUCGGUUCCCAGCAUAAGUGUGGUUGAGAUUUCCGCUGCAAUGCUUGACCAGGUGUUAGAUGGCUUCGAGAAGGACCCCUUGAUGAAUGACGAUCUGGUCAGAAUUGGUCGAAAAGCGUUGAGCGACAACAGAAAUUGAGACUCAUCUGUACCUGACGCGAAUUGAGGAAGGCAGAAUCGGACUCAUGGUGUUGAUAAGUUCAACGCUUGGGCAAAUUGCCCGCUAGGUCUGCAGCAACAAUUGACGUUGAUUUGCAUGUCUUGUUUGGGCACCAAAAUUAGCAUACAUUAGCAAGCCAGGCACCCGUAGUCAGGAUUGGAGAUAGG